AAAGAGAAAGAAGUGGAAGACGUCGCACUGGAACAACAUUAACCCCCGUGUCCUUCGCAACGGCGUCCAGCGACCCUCAUGACAACAUUGACGACGAAGAUGAUACUAAAGGCUAAGAAGAAUGAACACGCGAGGUGUUGAGCGCCGUUCUUGUUCCUCCUCAAGGGCCUAGACUGAGCUUGGACAAGGGCCACCUAUGACUGUCAACAGCGUGGAUCCCUUACUAUAAAUACCGUCUUCCUAUUAACGCCAAUACAACGGUGCCGCAUUCACUCUGCCAGCGACGCCAUGACCAAGACAAAAUCGGCCACCAUCUCGGAGCACGUUUCUGCGGCCAUCGGCACGCGGUACUACGUGUGGGCUGUGGCUGCAGUGGCCGGCGUCCUCGUCUUCGCCUCUAUCCUCGGCAGUUCAAACUACACGUCCAGGAAGGCUGCAGCCGCCGUUGGCGACAUUACCAUCUCACCACGACGUCCCAUCAAAAGAAGCCAAAUCAUACUGCACUCCAAUCUGGUCGCCAAGAAGCAAUUAGCCCUGAGGAACGACCUUGCUCACAUGAGCUCCUCAGGAGGUGAGGACACCACGGACGACGGCUCCGAAGACGUCCUCAUACGCAAGCCGGACGCAGCCGGCUGCAAGUCCACCGUAUGCCGAUGGCAAGGGGAAUACGUCAGGGGGAAGCUGGACGAGACGGUAGACCCGUGCAAGAACUUCUACGAAUAUGUUUGUUCUUCGGCGUGGUUUGCCGACAACAACGAGGCCUUGGGUAGCCAGCCUUACUUGACUUUCACGUCUGGAAAGUUAAUGUACGACCUCGAAACGCUCUUCCAUGACUAUCGACAGGGUAGUCAGGUGGAACAGCACGACAGGAACGAUACAGUGGCGUUCAUGGCGAGGACCACAAGCUUCUUCCUCAGGUGUAUUGCCAAAGAAAUGAACACCGGAAAGUGGCACGACUUGAUCAACCUGCUCCAGAACUACGAGCUCGAAGGAUUUCCCUACGAAUCUCAUGUUGUUGACAAGCCGGAUCUGGCUAAUGUCGUCGGACGACUGGACAGAGACCUGGGUCUCAAUCUGUUCUUUCGUGUUUCUCUAACUAUGGCUAGAAGAAGACGAACGGGAAAGGACACGGUGAUCUUCUUCGACCGCUUAACGUCGACACCCUCGAUGCGCUACGUGAACGCGUUGAGAAAGAGGGACUUGAACAACUUCAUGCAUCGCAUUUCGCUAGCGCUUUCUGUGAUCAAAGGUCAUAAGCUCAACAGGAAGGAUCAGAUCCGACAGGUGGUGCAGGUGGACAACGACUUAACCGAGGUUGUGGGCCGGAUGGAAGCAAGGAAAAAUUCCCCUUCAACCGAGGACACACUAUCCGUUGAAGAACUCUCCAAACACAGCACUCCCAGGUGGAACUGGAAGACAUAUGCGCAAGCACUCAUAGGAGAAAGUCUCGAAACCACGUCGCUUUCCAACGUCCGCAUUCAACUCCAGGACGAGAAGUUCUUCAAGGAACUCUCACACGUCCUCGAAAAACAUUCAAAACAAGCGCUCUUGAACUACUUGGGCUUCGUCCUUAUUGCGUUCAUUUCUCCCCUGCUGCCUCACAGCUCCCACGCCAAGGCCCUUUACCCUCUCAGUCACGACGAACACAUAGACCGUGUGCCUCACUUACUUCAGGCCUGCGUGCACGUCUUAGCUCGGACGUACCGCUACGGUGCGCGAGACCUCGCCAGACGCGUGGUUGUUCGUGAGACGCCGGACGUCACGAACCUGCGUUACGAGAACGAGAUGCAAGCGUUGACGUCGACCAGUCGUGACCUGCUGGUAAAACUGUUCCGUGGUGGUACCCAGUGGAUGUCUCCGACUGAAGUAUGGACAGCGCUGCAGAGGAUCGAUACGUUGAAGCUUGUGUUUCUGGAAGAGCCAGAUGGUCCUCAAAAGGUGGCUUCGUAUUACCGUAAGGCCGUCCAGGCGGCGUCUCUGCUCAAGCGGUCUCAAAAAAGCACCUUACUGGAAGAGUAUCUGGCACAGCAGAACGAAACGAGACGCCUAUAUUGGCAAUUAAAUGCCGAUCCUGAACGGAACCUGGAAGCCCGGUGGCCCGAACUCACGGUGAUACCGACAUGGAACUACUUCGAAGCUCGCAACAUCCUUCUCCUUUCCCCCGGCCUCCUAGGGUUCCUCAACACUGUGUCCGCUACUUUUGACCCCUUGGUGAUUCCCAUUAUUGGGCCCUACGUGCUCGGCGGUCUCAUGAGCAUCAUUAAGAGCAGUCUUCUCGACGUCCCGUCGAAGAAGGAGAAGCGGAGCCAGAAGGUCAUUGAAAAACGCGGAGAGAUCUUCAAGUGCCUUUUAGGGCAGUACGGCGCCAUAACUAAACGCAACGACACUGAUGUACCCGAAGAGGUCUUCCUGGACAGCGCCGUUACGGAGCCGCUCCUGCAAGUCUACAAGGCGUACCUGGAGAAAUCUCACAGUGUGUCCAAAGACAUGAACAUUCCAGAGCUUCCCGGAAAAGGGGUUAUGGAGUUGUUUUUCAUCAACUACGCCGUGGGACAGUGCAGAAAACCCGGUUUAACAAUCACGGGUGCAGCGCUUUUCAAGGGCGUGUCGCCAGAAGUGAAGGUGAACAUUCCACUCAUGAAUUCCAAGACUUUCUCUAGCGUGUUUCACUGCAAGAGCGACGACCCAAUGAACCCUCCAGAGAAGUGCAAAAUUUGGUGACUCCAUGAGAGUUAUUUCUGAUGCUGUACAUAUUUUCAUUUUGUAAUAUAGCGUAUCGGUUGUGGUCUGUUA